AUUGCUUCUCGUCGUUUACUUACACAAGAGGCAAAGUUGAGUACUACUAAGAGCAAGAACAUACUCUUUCUCUUUCUCUCUAUCUCUGCAAGUAAGAGAUCUUUCAGACAAUUUUAUUUUUGACUUUGUUUAAUAAUAUAUCUGGAAUUGAUAGUUACUGUUUAGUGCAGCUUCUAGAUUUCCUUAUCCAAGAUUUUGAGUGCCUUUUUCCUCUCUUAAUUAGAUUCUAGCUACUUCUCCUUAUCUACUACAUUUAGUGAUCUGGUGAGUGAUUGUUACUGAGAUUUGUGGUUAAUUAGUUGUGGAAUUUUUCAAUAAAAAAAGUUUGAUUGCUAGAAGAUAUUUUCUUGAUCUUAUAUAUGGCUGGAGAGAGGAGAAAAGGGAUGAAAUUCAGUAAAUUAUAUUCUUUCAAGUGUUUUAAACCAUUCUCUAGAGAAGAUCAUUCUCAGAUUGGUUCAAGAGGUUACUCAAGAGUUGUGUUCUGUAAUGAUCCUGAUAAUCCUGAAGCUCUUCAGCUUAAUUACAGAGGAAAUUAUGUGUCAACCACUAAGUAUACUGCUGCUAAUUUCAUCCCAAAGUCUUUGUUUGAGCAGUUUAGAAGAGUUGCAAAUAUAUAUUUCCUCGUUGUUGCUUUCGUUUCUUUUAGUCCUUUGGCUCCUUAUACCGCUCCUAGCGUUCUUGCACCGCUCUUGAUUGUUAUCGGUGCUACCAUGGUUAAAGAAGGUGUUGAAGAUUUGAGGAGAAGAAAACAAGAUGUUGAAGCUAACAAUAGGAAAGUUGAAGUUCUUGGUAAAACCGGAACAUUUGUCGAAACGAAGUGGAAAAAUCUCCGUGUUGGUGAUCUUGUGAAGGUUCAUAAAGAUGAGUACUUCCCUGCUGAUCUUCUACUGCUUUCAUCUAGCUAUGAAGAUGGGAUUUGUUAUGUUGAAACUAUGAAUCUUGAUGGAGAGACUAACUUGAAGCUUAAGCACGCGUUGGAGAUAACAUCGGACGAAGAAUCGAUCAAGAACUUCAGAGGAAUGAUCAAAUGUGAGGAUCCUAAUGAGCAUCUUUAUUCCUUUGUGGGAACACUUUACUUUGAAGGAAAGCAAUAUCCUUUAUCUCCUCAGCAGAUACUAUUGAGAGAUUCCAAACUGAAAAAUACGGAUUAUGUAUACGGCGUGGUUGUUUUUACCGGUCAUGACACUAAAGUGAUGCAGAAUGCUACCGAUCCUCCUUCUAAGAGGAGUAAGAUUGAGAAAAAAAUGGAUCAGAUUAUUUACAUUCUCUUCAGUAUCUUGAUUGUGAUAGCGUUUACUGGAUCUGUAUUCUUCGGGAUUGCAACGAGAAGGGAUAUGAGUGAUAAUGGGAAGCUAAGAAGAUGGUAUCUUAGACCAGAUCAUACUACUGUUUUCUAUGAUCCUCGGAGAGCGGUUGCUGCUGCUUUCUUUCAUUUCUUGACCGCUUUAAUGCUAUACGGUUACUUAAUACCGAUAUCUUUAUAUGUGUCUAUUGAAGUUGUGAAGGUGUUACAGAGUAUUUUCAUUAACCAAGAUCAAGAAAUGUACCAUGAAGAAACAGAUAGGCCUGCUCGUGCAAGAACGUCGAAUCUUAAUGAAGAGCUUGGACAAGUUGAUACAAUUCUCUCGGAUAAAACAGGUACUUUGACUUGCAACUCAAUGGAGUUUGUGAAAUGUUCGAUUGCUGGAACAGCUUAUGGUCGCGGUAUGACCGAAGUAGAAGUGGCUUUGAGAAAGCAAAAGGGUCUUAUGACUCAAGAAGAAGUUGGUGAUAAUGAAUCUUUAUCCAUUAAGGAGCAAAAAGCGGUUAAAGGUUUUAACUUCUGGGAUGAGAGAAUAGUUGAUGGACAAUGGAUUAAUCAACCAAAUGCAGAACUUAUUCAGAAGUUCUUUCGUGUGUUGGCUAUUUGCCACACUGCUAUUCCUGAUGUUAACAGCGAUACAGGAGAGAUCACAUAUGAAGCUGAGUCUCCGGAUGAAGCGGCUUUUGUUAUAGCUUCUCGAGAGCUUGGAUUUGAAUUCUUUUCAAGGUCCCAAACUAGUAUUUCCUUGCAUGAAAUAGACCACAUGACCGGUGAAAAAGUUGAUAGAGUAUAUGAGCUUCUUCAUGUCCUAGAGUUCAGCAGUUCACGGAAAAGAAUGUCGGUGAUUGUCCGAAAUCCCGAAAACCGGUUGUUGUUGCUUUCGAAAGGCGCAGACAGUGUAAUGUUUAAAAGACUUGCGAAACAUGGACGGCAAAAUGAGAGAGAGACAAAGGAACAUAUCAAGAAGUAUGCAGAGGCGGGUUUAAGAACAUUAGUGAUUACAUAUAGAGAAAUCGAUGAAGACGAGUACAUAGUGUGGGAAGAGGAGUUUCUGAAUGCCAAAACUUUGGUUACUGAAGAUAGAGAUGCUUUAAUUGAUGCAGCUGCUGAUAAGAUUGAGAAAGAUUUGAUUCUUCUUGGUUCUACUGCAGUGGAAGACAAACUGCAGAAAGGUGUUCCAGAUUGUAUUGAGAAGUUAUCUCAGGCUGGAGUCAAGAUUUGGGUUUUAACCGGCGAUAAGACAGAAACCGCGAUAAAUAUCGGAUAUGCUUGUAGUCUCUUAAGAGAAGGCAUGAAACAGAUUUUGGUAACUCUAGAUUCAUCUGACAUUGAAGCAUUGGAAAAACAAGGAGACAAGGAGGCUGUUGCAAAGGCUUCUUUUCAAAGUAUUAAAAAACAGUUACGAGAAGGAAUGUCACAAACUGCUGCAGUAACCGAUAAUUCAGCUAAAGAAAACUCGGAAAUGUUUGGUUUAGUGAUUGAUGGAAAGUCUUUAACUUAUGCAUUGGACUCAAAGCUGGAGAAAGAGUUCUUGGAACUUGCGAUUCGAUGUAAUUCUGUUAUAUGUUGUCGGUCUUCGCCAAAACAAAAGGCGCUCGUUACAAGAUUGGUAAAGAAUGGGACAGGUAGAACAACACUGGCCAUUGGAGAUGGCGCAAAUGAUGUUGGAAUGCUUCAAGAAGCCGAUAUUGGAGUUGGUAUAAGUGGUGCUGAAGGAAUGCAGGCGGUGAUGGCUAGUGAUUUUGCGAUUGCUCAGUUUCGGUUUCUGGAACGUUUAUUACUUGUUCACGGUCAUUGGUGUUAUAGACGAAUCACAUUGAUGAUAUGUUACUUCUUCUACAAGAACCUCGCAUUCGGGUUCACGCUGUUUUGGUAUGAAGCUUAUGCUUCUUUCUCUGGAAAACCGGCGUAUAACGAUUGGUACAUGUCGUGCUACAACGUCUUCUUCACUUCACUUCCUGUUAUCGCCCUUGGAGUCUUCGAUCAAGACGUCUCUGCUCGCCUUUGUCUCAAGGUAGAGAUUCUUCUCUGUCUUUCUUGAUUUAAAACAAAUCGCUUAGCGUUUCUUGAUUUUGGUUUCCGCAGUAUCCGUUGCUAUACCAAGAAGGAGUACAAAACGUAUUAUUCAGCUGGGAACGGAUCCUAGGAUGGAUGUUGAAUGGAGUCAUAAGCUCAAUGAUCAUUUUCUUCCUCACUAUCAACACAAUGGCAACUCAAGCUUUUAGGAAAGAUGGACAAGUAGUUGAUUACUCGGUCCUCGGAGUCACAAUGUACUCUUCCGUGGUCUGGACUGUGAAUUGCCAAAUGGCGAUUUCGAUAAACUACUUCACUUGGAUCCAACAUUGCUUCAUAUGGGGAAGCAUUGGGGUUUGGUAUUUGUUUCUUGUCAUCUACGGUUCCCUUCCUCCGACGUUUUCCACUACCGCGUUUCAGGUCUUCGUCGAGACUUCAGCACCGAGUCCGAUCUAUUGGCUCGUUCUUUUCCUUGUGGUGUUCUCUGCUCUCUUGCCUUAUUUCACUUACAGGGCGUUUCAGAUUAAGUUCAGACCAAUGUACCACGAUAUUAUUGUUGAACAGAGGAGAACAGAACGGACAGAGACCGCGCCAAAUGCGGUUCUUGGUGAGCUUCCGGUGCAAGUUGAGUUUACUUUGCAUCAUCUUAGGGCAAAUUUGUCUAGAAGAGAUUCUUGGAAUUGAUUCGUAAUUUACACAACUUAGCGUCGUUUUUUUUUCCUUCUUCUGACUUUUGUAUAUAUAUGGAGGUUCAAAAGGAGAUGAGAGUGUGACUGAUUUAAAAAUGUGGUUAGUUUGUAGAUAUUUGAAGUAAGUUCAGCGAUAAAUGGAUGCUAUAAAUUUGAUAAUUUAAUAGAUAAAAAAGUUCGACAUUGUGAUAUUUGAA